GAAAAAAGUGCAUUUGUCAUUUGUCAGUAGAUCCUAAUUAUCAUCCUACGCUGUCGUAACUGAAUUUUCGGUUAUUCAACGACGCAGUAUCAAAUGAUUAAGUGUUGAAUAAUACUGAUGCAAAAAUUUGUGGCAUGCUUGACGGAUGUUUCACCCCAAGUGUGUGUCAAAAUGAUUUCUGGAUACGUAAUGGGGUUUCAAAAAAUCUGUAGGCUCUAUAAAGUGGAAUGUAGGAUCCUCUCAUGAAUUUCAGUAUGAGUCAUGAGUUUGUAAUACCUAUUUAGUAUGACAAGCGCCUGGAGAGAUAAGAAAUGUGUACAAUAUUAUGGUUAGGAAGUCUGAAGGGAAGAAACCACUCGGAAGACCAAGACAUCGAUGGAAGUAAGGAAAAUGCAUAUGAGGGAAAUAGUGUUUGGGGAGGGGGGUGUAUUGAAUUAGUCUGAUUGAGGGCAGGGACCAGUGGCGGGCUCUUGUGGACAUGAUUAUGAACUAUCGGGCUCCACAAAGGGUCAUGCAUGACCCGGUGACAGCUGACUGUGGUCCAAUUCCCACAGCACAGCCGCUGAACACGCCGGCCUGUGAACUUUGCGAAUUCCGCGGCAGGAACUCACAAAAGUGAUCGUCUCCUAGCAACAGCUGAAAGUGAAACGACAGCUGACGUAUUGACGGCGCUCAGUGACGUCACGUGGACUCAUCAAACAUUGAAACUGUUCUCAUGAGUAACACGGCCCGCCAUUUAUGUCACGGAACUGCAAUGAAAGCGGCUUGUGACAUCACAAUCGAUUCUUGGAUAGAUCUAUUUAGGUUUUGUUUACGUCACGAGCAGUCCAUCCGUAGCCCGCGCCCCACAGACACUGCAUCUUGUGAAAGGUUCGGUCUGUCGUCAAGGGAACCUUCCGGACACACCGUGCCGACAGUGGGAUCACAUACACAACACAACUUCUCCUCAGACGGUAACACAGAACCAGCGCCGUGCUGCUGCGGCAACUUCUCCGACACAUGUGUCAAGCGGGUUGUCGACAUUCUGGGUGGACUCCGCCUCUCGAGGAAGUUGGUGAGGGCGUCCCCUGACGCGACGGAUGGGCAGAAUGAGAGGGUGCAUUUUUGCUGCCGUCUGCCCCUGUACGCUAGUCUUCACCGCACGACAUUGCAAGCCUGGCCAAUCUUGCUCCACGCCGAUAGCAGCACAACCUGGCGGCAGCUCAGCAACGCCAUCUGAUGCAUAAAUGAAGAGUUACGUCC